ACUCCGAAACGAAAUUUUGAUCCUUGGUUCUGGAUGUUUGUAUAAAGACAUGUAUGCAUGGGUGUGAAGCCAUUGAUACUCCAAUACAAGAAAAUCUUAAGUUUGGGGAAGAAACUGAAGGUGCUUGGGUUGACUGGGGAAAUAUCAAUGGUUGGUUGGAAAGUGUUGAUACUCCAAUAGAGAAGUUGCUGCUAGCUUGAUUUGGACUUUUGUAGACAUCUGGGCAAAGGAGUUGCAAACAAAGUUUUUCAUAAUAUCCUAAGCAAGAUAGGCAGCUGUGAUGUUUUUACACCAGCUUGAGGGGAGAUGUUGAAAUAUAUCUUUUAUUUAGUUCUAUAUCUGUGUCACGGGUAUUUAUGUCUCUAAAUUGCACCCUGAAUACAUGCUAGAGUAUUUAUGUCUUUAUAUUGCACCUUGAAUACAAAAUAGAUUACAAAGGUGUAAACCCUAAUCACUCUCUUCUUCUUCAGCCAUACACUCUUCUUUCUCUUCACUCUUACUGCUAAUGGUUGCUGAUCACAGUACAACGUUACCUGGGACAGCCCCAGACGCUCUUUUUUGCCCGGAUUUUAACCCUCAAACUCUCUUUCUAAAUUCUGACGAACCUUAUAUUCCUUUACUUUUGCCUAGUCUUAGGCCAGAAAAAAAUCAAGCCAUAGGUAGCCCCAGAAACCCCUUUUCUUCUGCUGCCCAAUUUCAGUUUUGGUGUGAAUAGGAAAUUUCUAAAAAUGUCAAAUUAAUGAGGGCUGAUUAUCGUCCCCCUAAACUAUGCGCUAAUCUCCCUUUGCCUUUCAACUAUCUCGUUUUCUCAUAUUGCAUCUCCAAUUUUGGUUAUUGGUUUCGCAUAAGUGCAAACGUUGGAGUCUAUGGAUAAUUUGUUCUUACAUAUGUUGGAAGUUACAAAAAUUUUGGAAUAGAUUGUAGAUGCUUGUGGGAGUCCCCGGGGUGAAUCCACAGUGUUGUGAAUAGUCUUUAUAAUUGAUUUGUGAGGUGUUGGCACAUGCAAGAAAGCUAAGCUCUUAUCGAGAUGUGUGGUUUUGGCAAUGAUGUUGGUGUUUUGGUUGGAAAUGAAUGACAUGAUCUUUGAUGUUUAGGAGCUAUCAUGGGAAGGAUGAUGGGACAAUCGAAUUUUGCCAUUUCUCUGGGCUUCAACUUCAGGAGUCUUUCAAGGGAUUCCUAUAUUUUCGAUAAAGGAUAAUUGGUGCUGUGUGAGAUUGAUAUGAGAUGAUGCAGUUUCCACUUUGAUAUACUUUUGUAUAUUGUAAUUUGUAAUUUCAGAGGAAUCCUUCUUCUCUUUUCUACUUUCCCUUCUUGUAAGCGUUAUAUGUUGGUUUCCUAUCUCAAAUGUAGAGACAUUGGAAGCGUGUAUUCUACUACGUAGUUGGACUUUUUUUGUCAAUAACAUAAUGAACAGUUGGUUUUGGGUCAAUGUGAAUUUAAUUCACAUAGUUGAGUGUUCAGUGUGAGAAACUCCAUUGUUAAGGGGCAAAGUGAGAUCGAAAGCACAGUUGAGGAGACACACUGUGAUUCACCCAAUUUAUGAAACUGUUACUUUCUUGAAAUGAUUGUUGUUUAAGCAUGAAAAGGCUUUAGCCAUAUCAUUGCCUAGCUAGUUGUUUCAUUUAUGAGAUGUUAAUAAGUAGGGGUGUUAACUAUGACCCAUCAACACGAAUCUAGCACGAACUCGACACAACACGGUUUUAAAAUUGACAUGCUUAUUAAAUAGACAUAAUAAAUUGUCUAAAUUAAUAUUUGAUAGUUAGAACACUCUAAAUAGAUUUUUUUUUGUGAGUCUUGACACGAAUACAAUACGAAUAACAAUGACACGACACGAAUAUACUGACACACGGGUCACACAACACAAAUUGACACCCCAAUUAAUAAGUGUACAUGUUGCAGAAUGAUGCUGAAUGGGUUGCAACUGUAAAAUUGAUAUAAGUUGAUAACUUAUCACUGGAUUGAUGGAAUUAUAGAAUUUUUUUUUUUUUUUAACAUUUAAGCAUCAAAUAACAAAUUGAAUCCAAAAAGUCCAAUUUAUAUGGGCAACUAUAUGACCUCCAUCAGUGACGAUAGGGAGGUUAAUAAGCUUUCAGCUACUUCACCGGUUGGUGGGACCGUGGGAGUCAUACUCAAGAUGGUUAAUUUUCGAUAGAAGAGGGUGGGAUGAGGGUGGUAUGUUCUUUGAUCGGGAGAAUUUUCUUGUAAAUCAUUAUGAGACAUUGGUUGAUGAUCUUAGUUUACCCAGUUUGGUCCACCUUUAGACAAUUUGGAAAGCCAAGGUGCCUCUUAAAGUCAAGUUUUGUCAUGUAUUGUUGCUCAAAAGACACUUAAUACUCCAAAGGGGGACCCCUCAUUUUCGCUUCCUUGGUAGUGUACUCUGUGUAGGAGGAGCAAGGAGAAUGUUGAUCAUGUUUUAAAAUAGUGUCUGGUUGCUUUAUCACUCAUGAAUAUCUUUCAUGCAAUCACCAAUUUACGACACGGAACUAAUUCCCAGCCUAUGGAUUCUAAGCUUCAGAACCGAAGUGCAACUACUCUACCAAAUAUGGAAAGUGAUACAUUCUAGUAUACUCUUUUCAGCUAUGGGAAUCAAACUUAUGGCAAUUGAAUAUGGGGAGGGUUUAUCUUUUACAAAGAGGUGUUGAGAGGAACUUCAGUAGGUCAAAUACUUCAACUAGUUUAGGCAUUGAUUUUCUAAGCUAGUUUCGUUGUGAUUUUGCAAGUUCAGCAAAUUGUUAAUUGCAUUUUGUAGUCUGGAUAGUUGCAUUAUCUUGGUCCUUUUUCUUGAAUGAUAAUUUGCUCAUUUCAUUAUAUAAGUAUAGGAUUUCUAUGUAAUAUAUACCCAUUACUGCCAUUGUUAGUCCUCAAACAAAGAAGAAGAGCAUUACAGGGAUAUAGAGGGCGGGAGAUAUUUUUUAUGUUUUUACACUUUCCAGCAUUACGCAGAUAGGUUUGGAAAUGCUGAACCGAAUCCUUGACAAUUUCUUUUCCUUUUAUGGUUUAGGUGGCCGUGAUGAUGCAAAGUUGUCAAUACCAGCUACUGUUGUUCUUCGUUAUAUGUUCUCCACCGCAGAAAUGAGGACCGACGAGAAUUUGUGUACUGAAUUAGAGGCAGAAGUUAAAGAGGAAUGUUUGAAGAUUGGUCCAGUGGAUUUAGUCAAGGAGCAAUAUGAUUUCUGUAAACCAAUCAAUGAUAAUAGGAAGACUGAUGUGCUGUGUGAGAUCCUUCAUAUCAUGGCUCAACCCUAUGAAUAG